AUGUUCGAUUCGACCAAGGGCGCACUGCUCGUUGCGCCAUCACUCUCUAACAGCUCCUGUUGGAUCAACGGCAAAGGGUGGCCUUCAACAUUUCCAGCACCUUCGGAUAUACUCAAAGCUUUCUUCAUAUUCGCACUGUCUAUGGCGAUAGUGUUUGGCAAUCUAGUUCUGAUCUGUGUGCUGAAUAAUAGGAGGUACAUCAAAUAUAUCGAUAACCAGCCGAGGUAUCUUCUCACGUCGCUCGCUCUCAACGACUUAUUCACUGGAAUCUUGAUAGCGCCAGUGGCGCUUCUCCCAGCUCUCUACAAGUGUUGGCCCUACGGCGAGAUAUUCUGUCAGAUACAGGGUUGCGUGCUUGUGAUAAGCAUCACUUGGAUUUUAUCUGUAUCGCUAUUCGCAAUAAUGGUGUUGCCGAGGUCUGGAUACUAUUUCAAUUCUACUGGCUUGAUGGCAUGUGACGUUUUCCAUAGCAGAGUUGCAUUCAGGAUCCUUUCGUGCUGUGCUUAUUAUUUUCCAACUACCAUGGCUCUUAUGUAUUGCUACGGCUCAGGAUUUCACGUGAGCAAAAACAGAAAUAAAUGUGAUUUGGAACCGACGAGACCAAAUGGCGUGCCUGUAGCCUGUGCAAAAACCUCGCACGGAGAACAUGAUAUCGUGCAACAGAUCCAAGCCCCGGUGAGGCCUCACAGUGUAAGCACUUCCCGCACAAUGGCUGCGAUGUCACUUGGUUUCAUUGUCAUGGUCACACCUGCAACAAUACAAGAGGUGGUAGCGGCUUGUACAGGAUGUAAGAUAUGUUGCCGAAAACCAAAAUCAUUUCAUAGUUUUGAAAAACCGACCGGUUGCUGUGGAUCACCUGUUACGUCAGAUGGUAUGCACUCCAAAGGGGAAUUCGAAGGACUUGGUGAAAAAUAUUGGGGUGAAAUUCUAGAACGCACAGUCUCAUCCACGUCCUUACAUGCUAUACAAAAAGCUUGUCACAGAGAUCCUCUUCGAUGUACAGGAUCUUUCAAAGGUUGUCCGAGUGGUACAUGUAAGCAAGAAUCGAGAUUUUUCGAUGGCUUUGGCCCCACGGACUAUAGGCACCUUGAUCGUUCUGCCUUUCAAAUAGAAUCGUGUUCAAGACAAUGUAGACUGAAAAACUCAGACUUUUGCUUAUUUAGACCUAGCCCAGGUUUUGAAUGUGGACGCUCACGUUCUAAUCUAAGUUUAGAUGAAGGAGUAGAACAUUUUAAUUCAAAUAUCAAAUGGAAAUUUGAUGAUUCACCUGGUGUGGAUGAUGAAAUGCAAACUUUAGAACAUAAUCUUGAUAGAAUUCGAAGUCUUAGCCAUGAAAGAAACUUCAACACGUAUGGUUUAAAAGAUAACGACAAUUUGUUGGAAGUUGAAGUAAAUGAAGUCGAUGAUAACUCUGAUGAACAUAAAGACUAUAAUGGCAGUGUUCGUGAAAGUUGUGAAGAAAAAAGUGAAUAUAGUGUUACGCAUAAGUUUUCACGUAAUUCGUCAUUGUCCAAUAGAGAAUUGGAUGUGAUCAAAGAAAGUUCAAGAAGUUCUAGUGAUACGGAAGUGACAUUGACGCGAUGA